GGCCCCGUCGCCUCAGAUGCCGGCUCAAUCGGAGGCGUGACGUUCGCUCGGGAGGCUUCGGCAGGAGAGCGCGCCGGUGAGUCAACAUGUCAUCCUCUUCAGAAACUCCUCUCCCUAGCUAUGAGACAGAAGAGAGCCAGACCUCAAAGCUGAUUAAAAAGUCUCGGGAGUCACCGUUUGUCCCAGUUGGCAUUGCAGGAUUUGCAGCCGUGGUGGCCUACGGGCUCUACAAACUGAAGCACAGAGGGGACACCAAAAUGUCCGUCCAUCUGAUUCACAUGCGUGUGGGAGCGCAGGGCUUCGUCGUGGGCGCAAUGACCUGCGGUGUGCUUUAUUCGAUGUAUCGGGAAUACUUGGCCAAACCCAAACCCUAGAGAAAAGCCAACCUGUGUGUGCUGAUGUUCUUAUGUGCUUGAGUGAUAGACGUGACACUGAGGUGGUUCAGCAAUGAACACAAAACACGAGGGGGUAGUUCUAAACAAUAAUACAUCUCAUUGCUAGUGUAAGCACUUCUGUGCUGCCAGUCGAACUCCAGCUUAGGUUGUUGUGCUCAGUGUUCCCCUUUUCUCGAUUGAGGCCACACACUUUUGAUAGUCUGUAGAUUUCACCCUGCUUCACCUUUCCUUUUCACUGUUCAGAAUGGGCAGGUACUCUUUGUGGUCCAGAAUUUCAUUCCUUGGUGCUCUUCUGAAGGCUGUGAUUGGAGUAAUGAAGCAAGGAAACGGAGGGAGGUUUGCCACAGUUUAUGCCGCGCUGAUCAAAGAGUUACAAGAACCUCAGUCUGACUCUCACUAGCUCUGAAUUCUUUAAAACCUUUUUAGCUCCUCUAAGACAAACUGUGUUGUGGGUUAGUCCCUGGAUUCCCCCCCCCCCCAUCUACAUUAUCAAGCCUUAAAUAAUCAAUUAAAUUAUUUUUUUUAUUUAUUACACAGUAGUAAUCAAAUUGUGGCAGCCUGACUACUUUGGCUGGAGGAGACAUUGCAGUUUCUUACAAUUAUUUUUGUAAAUUGCACAUUUUUUUGUUGGGUGUAUGUUACACAGUAUUUUAAAGAUCUUCAAAGUUCACUCUUGAAAUAAUUCUAGCAGUAAAAACCUCUUGGAAUGCUUUGGAAUAUUGGUUAUGCUGAGUAUUUUCUUCCACAAAUCACCAAGUGAUGUUUAACAACAACUAGGUGUUGAUUUCUAACAGACUUGGGAAUUAUGUGUCUGCAGUGGAGUUUAAAAUCUGUAAAAAUCUCAAGUUGUUUGCAUUCCUUACAUCAUGGUAGUGAAAAUAAUGUUAAUUCAGUACAUCUGUCUAAUCCAAUGACUGGUUUUAUUAAAUACGUUACAUAAGAACAA